AUGGUUCUACUGCAGCACCUACAGCGCCAAGCCGCCCGCGCCUCGACAGGCCGUCUCGCUGCCCAUCCUUACAGGGUCGCCAACCAAAUCUGGAGACCGCAACAGCGAGCACAAUUCCACAGGAUAUUCGCCCAAAAGACUGCCAACACGUCAAACAACACGGCCACAUGGCGACAGCUACUCUCCCGCUUCCGCACGCCUUCAUCCCGGCGAUGGAACAGUUCAAGACCCAACCCUGAUCCCACACCACAUCUCGGUAGCCCAACACCACAGCUCUCNUUUUUCCAGCGAUUCAAGCAGCUCGGCAAGGAGUAUGGCUGGGUAGUGACCGGCGUCUACUUUGGACUCUCCGCUCUGGACCUUCCCUUCUGCUUCCUGGCUGUCAGGGGCCUGGGUACGGACCGCGUCGCCCGCUGGGAACACGCCAUCGUCGGUACCAUCAAGGAUGCUGUCAAGUCUGUCAUGCCUGACGUGGGCACAAAGGCCGACGAGGUCGUGGAACAAGUCGAGACUGCUGUUGGAAGUCCUGCCGCUAGGGAAGGCAACGUAUGGGGCGUCCCAGAGGCAGAGGCGCGCAACAACGAGGAAGCAUGUACGUUGAAACCUGACACAUCUUACCAAGACUCGCAGCUGACACGUCUGAANGCACUGUGGACACAAUUCGUUCUCGCCUACGCCAUUCAUAAAUCCUUCAUCUUUGUCCGAGUACCACUGGCCGUAGCCGUCACCCCAAAGGUCGUCAAGAUCCUGAGAUCUUGGGGAUGGCAAAUUGGAAAGAAGAAGCUCAAGUCGACAAAGUCGAUCAAGCCAUAA